CCCGUAUUAUAGCGACAUCCCGCUCGCACAUCAGUGCGACAUACGAAAAUAAUGACAUUCUCGUAAAUCCAUUUACAAUCCAUCGCUGGUGUAUUACUCAUCUCAGUAAUCACCGCAAGCAAACCGACCAGUUUUGGAUAUAAAUGCGAACAUUUAAUCUUAUUCAUGAAGCCUCGGACCCUAAAUGCGUAUACCGGUUCUAUUUUUCUGUCGGAGUAAAAAUAAAUCAAUUUAGCCGUUACAUCAAGGUAUAGGUUUAUAAUAAGUACAACACAUGUUUUGCGAUUGAUUGCAAAACUAUCGGAAAUAUUUCUGCUUAUCUAAGAAUACCUACUUACUUUUGCGUCUAUAAAACGAUACUGAAAUCGAGUUAUAAAUGUAUUUUUUACCUUUUACUCUGAAAUCAUUGUAAAAUGUUUAACCGGUCGGUAUUGUUAAGUAUUGUUCUCUGCUCAUGCCAAUGGGUCGGUUUAGCGAGACUGUCGUCUCACGAUAUAAAAGAUAGCGACGAAGGUGAUUUCGGAAUAGGCUUGAUAACAUCUUUAAAGGAUGACGCUAACUUGGAUUUAUCAGUCGACGAAGAAUACGAAGACCUGAGAGCAGAGCUUCUUGCAUACCAGGCCGCACUAGCCUCGGUCGUCUCUAGAAGAUCGCUGAUGACCACUCCCUGCUGGCAAUCUGGAGGGAUUUGUGUCAACUCUAAGCUGUGUAAGGGAGCAAAAUAUAUAACUCAAGCUGCCGGCUGCAGAGACAAAAAUAACGUUUGCUGCUACACAUGGAACCGGUAUUUUGUGAAGGAUUACAGAGAUAAAGGCAUAGCCAAUAUAGCGUUGCCAUGGAUAACUAUGCAACGGGAGUUUGGUGGGAAGGGAAUCCAGGGACCUAAAAGUAGCCUAAGGAAAGGCAAAAAGAAAAAGCACAAGAAAAAGAUGGCAGUGAAAUCGCAUUUUCACCGAAACUCUGAACAACUUUUUGACGUUGAAUAACUAGGACUGCCAGCAUAUUUAUUAAUUCAAAAUCAUCAAACACUACGGAACUGAGUAAUAAUAAUAGAUUGCUACUUUUUUUUAAGUCAAAGAUUGUUCCUGAAUAUUUAUUAAUUAUUGCCGUUAACGUUCUAUUAUUGUCCCUGUAUAUUUGCAUGACUCCACUAGGCUACUACUGACUCUAAGAUAAGAUUUUUCGGAUCAUCUUCAAAUAUUGAAGAAAAUAACAUUUACUGAUGGCCGGUGUAUAUAGCUUUUAUUAUUAACUUUUAACAAACACGCUCAAUUCCAGUCGGAACCUGUAUUGUUUGAUAUACCUUCGACGCGAAAGUUAGUUAGCAAAGUAUGGCCGCCAGGCUCUUAGAUAACAAGGAUUCUUGAUUCAAAGACGCUUUGUUUGAAUAUGUGCCAAAUUAGUUUACCUCGCGUCCAAGUAGGUACUUCAGACCACGAAGUAAACGAAUUUAUGCUCCCAUAUACAAAUUACUGCACAUAGUAUACAUACGCAUGUUUGCAGUCGUCGUUUGUCGUGCGGUUGUUCACUCACAUUUGUUCUACUUACUUAAGUAAAUAUGUAAAUCUCAAUCCCGCACCGAGUCUAAAACUCUGUACCGAGAGAGUAGAGACCUGGCGCUGGCGAUUAAUUUUGGACGCAAGUUAACUUUUACCUAUUUAUUGUAGAUGGUUUCCUAAUAUAUUUAGCACCUACACCUAAAAUUAUCGACAUACUUUUUAAUGUGAAACUUUUAUUCCAUCGCCUCAAUUCUUUUCAGCCAUCUUUGGCAUGGCGUAUUACAGCAUUAUAGCUGGUCGAUUCGGGUAUGUACGUUAGUAAAAUUCUAAUUUAUUUCUAGUACUGCGAGUAGUAUUGUUUGUUACUCUGUUAAACUAAAACGUUGAUCGAUUAAAAUGUUAACCCCAUGUUAACCCAGUGUCAUAUUGUACUGGUAACCAUGGUAACUCCCGGUUUAACCGGAUAACUCUGGGUUAGCAGGAUGGUGCAAGUGGCGCUAAAUGUCGAAGAACAUUCGCUACUCUACGGUGAAUGACAAAUAUUCAUUUCAUACUAGGAAGUUGACAGUCACAUACGGUAGAAGUACUAGUCCUCGACGCGGUACUAGUACUCGUCAUCCAUACUUUCAAUUGCGAUAAAUAAGAUAAGAUUACCGUUACAUUCAUCGCAACUAGAUUUAAUAGAUGAGAAAUGUUUGUAGCUUUCGCAUUUCACACGCCAAAUUAUAAAAUAUACAACCUAUUUUCAAUUUAUAAAUAAUAUAUUUUGUUAGCGAUUUGUUUAAGCUUUGCUCGUAUUUGCUGACUUAUUUAAAAUACUUCAACGGUAAGUUAUGAACAUAUUUUAUAAUUGUGUUGAUGCUAGAAUGUACAGGAAGAUAUUUAAGUUAUUAAAUGUCGAUUUCGUUCAUUUUUACUGCGAUAAACAAGCGUGUUAUUUAUUAGGACUGAAAACCGCCGCAAGUCUAAAACUCGACACGGCUGACAUUUAUUGGGAUUAUUAGGUUAUUUUCUAAGUGCCAAUGUUUGUCGAGCCGUUUUUUUUAGGAUUUCAUGAUUAAAGUAAAUAAAACGAAUUGUUUACAGUUUUGUCAUAUCAGCCUAUUUCUCAGUAAGUCACAUUUAUUUUACUGGGAAAAAACAAAAUACACGCGCAUAGGUUUUUGUAUUUCUUUUACGGUUUUUAAAUGACGAUGAAGUGGAGCCGGCAAAGUACUCCAGAAUCUGUGGAAUACAAUUUGUGUUUUGGGGGAAUCCUUAUAUUAGUUCAUUCCAUAAUUUAUUUUGCUCAAAAUGUGGAGCCGAUUUAUUUUAUUUUAUUACAGGAAUGUAAAGCAUAAAAAGUAAAUAUUAUCAACGGAA